AUGCAGCAACCCAAGAACAUCGGACCUACUUUCCCCACCGAUGGAGGAGGAUGUCGGCCGCCUGGCGAGCCGCAAGUGGAAUCUCAACGCUCCAUGGACCCCAAUACGUCCAUCGAGGACUACAACCGGGUCAUGCUGGAGUAUACCCAGCGACGCAUGUCGACCUUCCUGGACAUGGAAGAUGAGAGCGCCUCCCCCGCCAGUCGCAGCAGCCGUAGUAGCGACACCAGUGGCAGCAGUGGCAUUUCCGUCUCUGGUAUGCUAGCUCGUCAAGCUGCCGCUCCCACCUCUGCGGCGGCUGCCCGUCAACAUUGCGAUGCCCAGAAGAACCCCGGGCACCAGUCGGCAAAGCAGGGGGGUGAAAACAAGAUGGGGCUUUGA